UUCCUGAAUUUAGACUAGGCAGAUCCUGUUUGAGUUCCGUCACUCCACUAUGUAACUUACUCAGAUUUAUAACAAAAUCACAAGAAUAUUGUAUAUACGUUUCAUAUAUCUAAGUGUUCUUUCGUGUAUGUAUAUAUAUAAAACAACUGAGCACCAUUGCCUUUCUUUUGGUGUUUGACUCGUGACCACAUUGAUUAUUCUGGUGAUAUAUUUAUUGAAGUUUUUAAGAAUUUUUAAGAAAUUUUUAAAGAAUUGUUUGAAGUCAGAGCAACCUGAAGACAGAAGAAAUUGAAAGAAUCACCAAGAAAAUGGCACCACGGUUGUUAUUUGUAAUAUUCAGUACUGCAUUUUAUUUGGGGAUAACAGCCAAUGAAGAGCCUAUUCACAAACCAAGCCUGAAAUCACUUCAUGUAAUCAGCGAUAUUAAAUAUCGAUUUGCUACCACUCUAAUUUCCAUGAAAUAUUAUAACCCGUUCAAUUCUUCAGUCAGCGCAGACUUACAUGUAAACAUGCCUCGUAGAUCAUUUAUAUCGAAUUUUUCAAUGGAAAUUGAUGGACAUGUGACGGUAGGAGAAGUAAAGGAAAAAUCGGUUGCUAAAGAUAUUUACGAAAAUUCCGUUGAAAAAGGGCAAAGUGCUGGCUCUAUUGAAGUCAAACACCGCUUUGCAAAUACCUUUCAUAUAUCUGUUAAUGUUGAACCACAGAAGUAUAUAGUUUACAACUUGACUUAUCAAGAACUUCUAACACGAGAGAACAACAAAUACAGGCACGUUAUUCAUUUGUCCAAUGGUGAAAUUAUUGAUGAUUUUUUAGUUGAGAUUUUCAUUAGGGAACCGCAAAACAUUAUUGAUGUGCUUGUACCAGAAAUUACUGACGAUAAAUUAACGGAUAUCGCCGUUGACAAAGAGCUGGAUUCUGCCUCAAUUGAGUACAUCAGCAGUAGAGAGGUUUACAUCAAAUACAACCCAAGUCGUAAACAACAACAAGAAAUAUCAGAGAAACAUGGUGUUGCAGGCUUACUUAGAGUGGAAUAUGACGUAAAUCGUCAAAAUAAUUCAAAUUUAAUAUAUGCAGUCGAUGGCUACUUUGUUCACUUCUUCACUUCUGAUUCCAUGCCAAAUCUUCCAAAGUACAUCAUAUUUAUGCUUGAUGUCAGUGGAUCAAUGUAUGGUCCUAAAAUUGAACAAUUGAAAAAAGCUAUGGAGAAUAUCCUUGAUCAACUCGAUCCAGAACUUGAUAAAUUUCUCAUCGGAAAUUUUAGCAGUGAUGUCUCAUGGAUGAAGGAGGAAUUUUUAAUGGCAAACAAUCUUAACAAAGAAUUAGGCAAAAAGUACAUAAAGUCACUUCAAGACGGCGGACGUACAAAUAUUAACGCUGCUCUCCUUCAAAGUAUAGACAAACACAAGCCAGCUUUAAACCCCACAAAGAAAAGUAUCAUCGUAUUUCUCACUGACGGAGAUCCAACAGAAGAUGUUACUAACUUCGAACAUAUCAAGAAAAAUGUCAGAGAAUCCAACCAAGAUAUUUCAUUAUUUACCCUUUGUUUUGGAGGUGAUUGUGACAGUAAAUUUCUUCGUGAGCUCGCCACAGAAAACGGAGGCUUCAAUAGGAAGAUUUAUUUAGAUGCUGACAGUAAACUUCAAAUUGAAAAUCUUUAUAAAGAAAUAUCUAACAUUGUAUUAAAAGAUAUUACAUUUGUUUACUUAGAUGUUGCUGUUAAAACUAGUUCUACGUCAUUUAGCAACUACUUCAAAGGAUCAGAAUUAGUUGUUUCCGGUGUUUUGCCGCAAGAAUACCGACCAACUAUAAAUGUGAGUUUUGCAAUGACAAACUGCUGGGGUUUUAAUAACGAAAUAUUAGAAUUAAAAUUAUAUGGAGAUGACUUUACCAUAUACGAUGAUCGUUUUUCGGAAGAUUCAAGUUUGACUAGUAUUCAGUCACUUUCUGAAAUUACUGAAAAGACUUAUGUUUACCUCACCUUGAAACAACUUCUCAUGGAAGACAGAAAGGAGGAAGAAGUACGACAUGCCAUUCUUACUUUGGCUCUAAAGUAUAAUUUCGUAACUCCAUUAACAUCAAUGGUUGUCACUAAAUACAAAGUGAAUGAAGAACUGUUUGAAGAAGAAAAAUCUUUACCAUCUCUACGUCCAUUUGGAUAUUACGCCCCGAAUAUCCCACAUUUCUCUGACCCACGUACUACCGUAUUGGAUCAUUUGUUUCAGCAACAUCCUAACAGAGUGGCACCUUCAAACAGAGUUCCUAACACAGCUCCAGCAAGAGAAUUACCACCUCUUCCCCGCAGUCCUGUUAUCCUAAUAAAGCCAUUAAACUGUUCGUCAAAGUUGUGUUUUACUGAUAAUAUUCAAUGCAGAAACCAAAUUGAAAUCCUUCUUUUGGCUGAUAAACAAGCAGGUGUAGAUGUUUAUGGUUACAUAAAAAAGGCGUCAAACAUUAAUUGCUUAGAAACUCUUAACAGAAUACGAAUAAAGUCUUCUGUAUAUGUUGAUGAAAUUAUUCUUGAUCCAAAAGGCCGGACUAAUGUCCCCAGGCUGAAAGCAUUCAUAAGGACACUUACAUUUUCAAUGACAGUAUACCAGUACAAAAUUACGAACGAUGAGAUAUCUUACUCUGUGCAUUUCAAUAUACUUCGCAAGAUUUCUCAAGCAGGAGGAAUUUUAGGUUCUUAUGUAAACGAAUUCCAAUGCAUUGAAAAAAAUCCAAAUCAGAUGGUGUUGUCUGAUAAAGCAGAGUUAUAUAAUAAAGUCAGUUACCAUACCGGCAGAGGAAGUUUAUCCCAUUGUUUCACGAUAUGAGGGACAAGUACGAAGUUUGAUAGUCAUAUAAUGUAAAAUAACAACCUAUCCGUUUAGGAUUGUUAUGAUAUAGAAAUAUAUGAAUUUGACAACAGGCCCCAAUUCAUGCAUUAUAUAUAUAUAUAUAUAUAUAUAUAUAUAUAUACACGCACACAAAUAAUAGGCUUUACCUUUGCAUAAACCACAAAUCAAAAACAGAUAUCUUGGUAUCAAUUGAUUUCACUGCGCACGGUGUAAUGAAGUGAAUAUUUUGAAAAGUAUAUGACUACAGUAAACUUGGCUGAUGAUUCUUAAGUGGUAAUACACAAAAGGUGAAAUCAAUUGAUACCAAGUUAUCUGUUUUUGCUUUGCGGUUUAUGCAAAGGUAAGACCUAUCUUUAUUAUAUUCGUUACAUUCACCGUGCUUUGGAGUGUUGAAUCCUACUUCUAGUAGGUUGAUAUUUCGGUACCCUAAUUUAUUUGUAUAUUUUGCCUGUUUAGGUUAAAUUUGCUGGCCACUUUAUUAUUAUGGUUAUUUUUAAUAAUGCUAGUAAUACUUUGUUAAAUAUAUAUAUAUAUAUAUAUAUAUAUAUAUAUAUAUUAUAUUAUAUUAUAUUAUAUUAUAUUAUAUUAUAUUAUAUUAUAUUACUAUUAUAUUAUAUUAUAUAUAUACAUAUAUUAUUAUAUUAUAUAUAUAUUAUAUUAUAUUAUAUUAUAUUAUAUUAUACACACUACUAUUGUUUACAUAUUUAGAUAUUCCAUUAGUUUUAUAUGCAUAUAUUAGAUUUAAUCGUUAAUAUGAUAAAUUAUAGAACUUACUCUACACAUAUAUUGUUAGUUCAUAUUUUAAGCGAAUAAUUUAAAAUUGUUGCACAAAUCUGAGAGACGGAGUACAUUUUUCUACAAGUGUUUGUUCCCAAACAUAUUUAAAGCAGAAGAAUAUGAACUAGUGAUUCCUGUUUUCCAACUGUCCAAUAAAUAUCUUUUGAAAUUAUCA